CCGCCCGCCACUGUAGAAGAGUUGACUCAAGGAGUGGGGCUCGGGGUCCGAGAUGAGCGCAUGGUUCCUGCCAUCAUUGAAGCUGAGAUUUCAGACCUGGAUGUCCCUUCUCCUUUUGAUCACAGCAGUCCUAGUCCCACUCCAGACGCUGCUCUGGCCUCGAUCACUGGUAAUGGCUUGCCAUCGACAUCAGCUCUGCCUGUUCCGGCCUUGCCCAUAGAGCCUAGCGAAGUUAUGGACCGAGGAGAUCAGAUGUAUACAAAAGCUAUGAGAGAAGGACUGCUUCCUGUAUCGCCGACACAAGCGGACCCUCUACUUCAUUCUUUCGAAGAUCGUUUGUACAUGUCCUUCGCGACCAACCCUCAGACUCACAGACAGUUCCUGCCCAAAGGGCAGUUGAAUAGUCUCAUACGCAAGCAACCUGUCAUCCAAGAGCUCAAGAGAAAAAUUCCUGGGAUUCGAAGGAGUUCCUAUUAUGAGGGACUCGCAAAGACGAUUUGCGAUAACAAAAAUCCGGCCGAAGAAACUUCCGAUCCACCUGGCAAGUCGUACCAAAAAGUCUUCGCCAUCCUGGUUUUGAUCAAUAUGGUGCCCGCUAUCAAAGGUUUUAUCGAUGAAGGCAUCUGCGAUCAGGAUCUUCCCCUUGUCAAGGCCGCCGAAAAUGGCGGGCUUUUCGAUUUGCGGGUCGAAGCAAGACGCAAGGUUCGAUUAGAUACAUUUUUGUCCUGGACCAGGGUGAGUAUCAGGAACUUUGAAGAAUACCAAUGGACCAUACUGCCGCCAUUCUUUACCAAAGGCCAAAGAAAGAACGUCAAGCACUAUGUCCUUGAGCCACAUAUUGUUCUUCCGUUCACCUCAACCAGUAACUACGACGAUAUCGGGGCUACUGAGAUGCAUGGGGGUGGCUUCAGUCGAGUUUUCAAAGCCGAGAUUCACCCUGACCACCACGACUUCAGUAAUUCAGCUCUGGAACCAAGUAUGCGGCCAAAUACAUUUGCAGUGAAAUGUCUCAACUCGCCGAGUAAGGAGUUGUUUCAAAAGGAGGUUCAAGUGUUGAAAAAGUUCAGCGGAGACUCACAUCCCCAUUUAAUCUCACUUCUAGCAACAUACGAGCAAUCGGGACACUUCUACCUGAUCUUCCCUUGGGCCGAGGCUGAUCUGAUGAAGUACUGGAAGGAGCUGAAUCCACGGCCCAUGCUAAGGCCGGGGACAAUAUCAUGGAUGGCAGAGCAAUGUCAGGGCAUCUCGGAUGGCCUAGUAAGGCUCCACCAAUACGACUCCGACUUACAAGAAAAGGCGGCCCAGUCCAGUAGCCUUUUAUUGACACCACUGGAUGCUCUUGGUAGAGACCACGAAAGCUCUAAACGGCGCUAUGGUCGGCACGGAGAUAUCAAGCCUGAGAACAUGCUCUGGUUCCGCGACACACUACAGUCGAUUGACCAAGGUAUCUUGAGACUCACCGACUUCGGCCUAGCCGAGUUACAUACUCGACUUAGUCGAUCGAAUCAACACGGAAGCCAGGUGGCCAAUUCCCCGACAUACAGGCCACCUGAAUGUGACCUCUGUCGGCGCAUCAUCAGACAAUCAUACGACAUAUGGUCCCUUGGCUGUUUGUUCCUCGAGUUCAUUACCUGGUCGCUUGGCGGCAGAGACUUAUUGCUUGAAUUUGCCCAACUAAGGUUCUCGCCAGACCCAUGGUUAUCAGGGAUUGAUUCGGAUACAUUCUUCAAAAUCAACAAUUCCGAAGCAAAAGAUUCAUCAGCGGCAUCAGUGAAGCCCGCUGUAGUUCAUUUCGUGGACAGGCUUCAUUCUCACCCUGCCUGUAGUGAGUACCUGCAUCACUUUUUGAACAUGAUCAUGUACGGAAUGUUGGUGGUUGAGUCGGAGGAUCUGAAAAGUGGUGAUAGACGUAUGACCUGCAUUGAGGUUCGACAGAAACUCUCGGUGUGGCGAGAUAUGUGUGUUGCGUCUCCAAGAUUUUGUUCAGAGCCGGCUCAAAGACCUUUGGAUGAUCAAAGCUGGAAUUCGUGUUUCAAUCUACACUCUACUGUCAGAAGCAGUCAAGUUCAAGACCUCGCCGGCCAUUCGAGCAAGAUUGUACGGGACAAAGAUGUCGACUUCGCGGUAUUCUCAACUGCGAAGCAAAAGAGAUUGGAAUUUUGGUGUGGCUCCGGCAGGCUGAGGGUCGAUCAUCUCAUAUCUCCGCCCCAAGUCUUCCUACACAGCAAAGGCUGCAGGAGUCGGCGCCAAAAUCAAAAUGAGACACGUGGUGCGGUCAUCGCACGGGGGCACCCACCAAUAGGUUGGACCCAGCCCCCAGCUGAUGACUGCAUGCCAGCCCGUGUGCUGCAGGCUGCAAUGCAUGUUCUUGAAGCACGUCAAUAUUUCCCCUCAAAGCAGCAGGCUCGCAAUGCUCUUGUAGAGGAAUCCUUCGUACAUGUACCUCUAGAUCAUCAACUGGAGCAAUGCUUCGCAACCAGCAAGUUUGAUGAGCGGGACCCAACAUUUUUGCCUGACGGCAGUAUCGAAACCCUCGUUACCGACCGUGCUAUCUCUGGCGAGCUCUUUGACGACGAGGUGCCACAGACGCCGGAGAAGGCAGUGAUACGUUUUGUCCAAGAAAAAGCGAAGAAAGUCUUCGCAAUUGCUGUCGGCUGCGGAGUGGGCGGCGAUGAUCUUGUGACAACUAUCAAGUUCUUCAGAAGCAUUGGCUUCGACGACAGCCACCUUCCUGUCGCGAAGCCAGAAACACCUAAACAGAACUCCCCUACUUGGGCUUUCCCAUUCCCAUUCGACCAAUUGCACGGAAAACGCCUCCUGAGGAUUUGGAAAGGAACUAAGGUCAAGACAUUCUACAGCCAGCAGUGGGGUUUCCUAGCCCCUGUCUUUUCAAAAACCAAGUUCCAGCACUACUUAUCUCCUGAUUGCAUCUUUCCGUUUACCUGGGUCAAUAACAUCGUCAAAGGGGGCAUGUUCAGCCGGGUGUACGAAGUAGAGAUUCACCCCAAACAUCAAGAAAACCCAGAAUUGACAGUAGACGGACAUCUGGCCCACGUCGCUAUCAAAGAGAUCCUCGUCAACAACGAUCUACGCCAAGAGAUCGAGAAGAACUACGAAGACGAGCGGACCGCGCUCUCUGAGAUUACAGACCUACGCCAUCCCCACAUAAUUCAACGCAUUGCAGCUAUCUCGCGUGGAGAGAAACGAUACUUCAUGUUUCAGUGGGCUGAUGGCGGCAACCUCAGAGAGUUCUGGAAAGAGCAAAACCGACCAUCACUCACACCAGACCUUGUGGGGCAGACAAUCGCACAGCUUUGCGGACUAGCUGAUGCGUUGCAUGCCUUGCACAACUACAAAGGUCAAGGCAACUACCGACACGGGGACUUGAAGCCGGAGAACAUUCUCCGAUUCAGAGACAAAACCUGUUUUGGGAUUCUCAAAAUUGCAGACAUGGGCCUUGCAAAGCACCAUAACGAUGCCACAGCAGUAAGAAAGAAACCGACCAGCGCGAAGUAUGGCACAGUCCGUUAUGAACCGCCCGAAGCUGUCACCAAUCGUCUCGAUAAGGCGAGAUCAAGGCUCUACGACAUUUGGUCCAUGGGCUGUAUCAUGCUCGAAUGCAUCAUAUGGCUCCUGUACGGUUACGAAGCGUUGGAUAGUUUUGACGACAGUCUCAGUGCCGAUGGCUAUGAUUGCAGUUUCUUCAAGGUCAAGGAGAUUGACGGAGCGCGAGUGGCUGAAGUCCAUCCCAUCGUGGUGCGAUGGAUGGACUCCAUGGCUGCUGACCAUCAGUGCGGUAGAGACUCGGCCAUCGGAGAUCUACUCAACCUCGUCAGAACCCGGCUGCUCAUCGUUCCUCUACUGAUGCAAGCGCCAACAAGGAAUCUCUAUGUACCUCAGACAACCUUCACUGAAAACAAAAGUAUAUCUGUGACCAGCGCGAGCCAAACCACGUUCGAAAUUGGGCCCUAUCGGGCUGACGCUAAAGCUAUGCGGUCUGGAUUGGAGGACAUCCUUCAAAAAGCGGAUUCUGACCGGAAUUAUCUUUCAAAAGCACAAGAUCGGAGACAUCUCAAUGGCCCCGCAUCGACCAUACCAAGAUCGCAGUCCCAUGACUUGCUGUCACCUGGGAUGGCUGACAAGCCCAGAGGGAACAACCUUUUCCCAGGCACACUACAAGCACAACGUCUCAGCGACCACUGGCGUUUCAGCAGAGAUAAUAGCUUUGCCAGAAGGUACAUCAGGAAAGUUCACGACAAGAUACCAGACGACCUUUCGCUUCCUCAGGUCCAGAAUCUCUGUCAACGUUGUGAGAAAUUGGACAUCCUAGCAACCGGCUUUUAUCUGUUUGACACGGUCUCGGAUCUGCAAGAAAGAGCCGGCACAUGUGGUUUCUGCAUGUUGCUUUCAAAAGCCUGCCAAUCGUUCAAGAAGACAGGCUCUUUGCAAUUGAAUAGAGAAGGGUCUACUUUGAAAAUGGCCGGGAUUACCGAUCCUGUUUUGAGUAUUGUUCAUGAUACAGACUCAACCUCCUCCAAAUACGACAGCCUCGGACUUCAGGUCGGGUUCCCGAGACUUGCACCAGGCGGCCAUCAGUUGCACUUCGAAGUGCUACGACAGUGGCUCCAGAGUUGCGAUCAGGGUUCGGAGCAUCGCAAUUGUCUGCAAGCCACUGAAGUCAACCUUCCCACGAGGCUUCUUGACGUCUCUAAUUCGCAGAUUCGUCUAUGGGAAACGAACGGUGCUUGCGGACAGUAUUUGGCUUUGUCCCAUCCCUGGGGAGAUCCCGCGAAACAUCGGCAUUUCUGCACCUAUACAAAUAAUACCGAGGAGCACAAAAGGGGCAUCGACUUUGAUGAUCUACCUGCUACUUUCAAAGAUGCUAUCACCACAACGAGAGAGCUUGGCUUUAAGCAUCUGUGGAUAGACUCGAUUUGCAUCGUACAGGGUGCCGACGGAGACUUCAAGGAAGAGUCGAAACACAUGGAAGACGUUUUCAGCUUUGCUUACUGCGUCAUCGCGGCGAGUCGCGCAACUGGCCAAGAGGAUGGCUUUCUCGGACCUCGACCUGAGAGAGACUACGUGACUUUCAAUCUCAAUAACAGUGGCAACUAUCACGUCUGCCAGCAGAUUGACGACUUUGAGAGGGAUGUGAUUGAAGGAAAACUUAAUAAACGAGGUUGGGUUCUGCAAGAGAGAGCACUGGCACACAGGACGAUUUACUUCACUGAACGACAGACGUACUGGGAGUGCGGCCAAGGGGUACGCUGCGAGACAAUGACGAAGCUGGAUAACAACGUUGCCGCGUUCCUCGGUGAUCCACGGUUCCCCACAAUCGCCAUGAACUCGCCGAGAGGCGCCAAGAUCCAUCUCUACCAAGACUUAUACAAGCAGUAUUCGCGUCUACAAUUCUCUAGAAAUGAAGACAGGCCAUUCGGUAUAGCUGGUCUCGAGAAGAGGCUCAUCCAGAGCUUCAAGACCCACGGCGGCUACGGUGUCUUUGACGAUGGUGGUGGACUGUUGCGAAGGAGCCUGCUUUGGCAGAGAGGAUCUGAUUCGACUCUCGACAGGAUCAUCUUCCCAGCCGAAAGAGACCUCGAAGUUCCUACAUGGUCUUGGAUGGCAUACAAAGGAGGCAUCGACUACCUGGAACCUCCUUUCGAUGGCGUGGACUGGGAAAAGAGUGAGAUCCAGUCGCCAUGGGCUAACAAGUCACCGGAUGGGGUCUACCAUACUUCAGACAAGAGCCUGGGCAUCAGCCUCAGCGCCGUUGCUCGUGAGUUUUCUCAGCUCGACACCAACCACUCGGCGAGCAAACUCAUCUUUGACAACCCGGCCAAAAGUGAUGGCCAACUACCAAACGUGAGAGUGAUUGUUGUGGGAAGGUCUAGAAAUAAGACGCAAGAUUCUGAGCGGAAGUGUUUUGUUUUGAUCGUCACUCCAAAAGCCAUGAAGCAUGCUGCUGGAAUGAUGGUGUAUGAACGUACGGGAGUGGGUUAUAUGUCUGACAGUUGCAUUUCGCAGAAUGGAACUCCAGUCAAGAUACAGUAGCGGAUAGAAAUUUGCAUCUUCAUCUCUUACCCACAUAUAGGUUCAGCUGAAGAUUACAGUUUAAAUGUUAAAAGAAUGCCACCUUCCACCUAACA